AUGCUCUCUCCAGUCCGCCUGCUCCCUCUUAUUGGGAGUCUCCUCUCUGUAGUCUCUGGGCUGCCUACCGCCAGCCCAUCGUCUGUGGUUCUUCCUCCCAGUGUAGACCCUUUCUAUAGCGCACCCCAUGGCUACGAGAGCACCGCUCCCGGCGCCAUCCUGCGCCUACGCCCCGCCCCGGGCAAUCUGACUGCGCUGGUCGGCAAUGCUUCCGCGGCAUACAACAUCGUCUACCGCACCACGGACAGCCAGUAUCGCCCUUCGUGGGCCGUGACCACCGUCUUUGUUCCUUCCAAUCCUCGCCCCGGCAACACUUCCCUACUCUCGUACCAAAUCGCAUACGACUCCCACAGCAUCAACGCCAGCCCCAGCUAUGCCAUGUACACCUCGCCUCCUGUCGAUAUCUCCCUCGCACUGAGCCAGCUGGUACGUCAAUGUCCCGGACUACGAGGUAUCAUCAACUCCAACACCACCGCCUUCAACAUUAAAGCUUCGUCCUCCCGCACAGCUCUAUGGGGAUACUCCGGCGGCGCCCUCGCCAGCGAAUGGGCCGCCGAGCUACAGGUGCAGUACGCGCCUGAGCUCUCUCUUGCCGGUGCUGCUCUCGGCGGUCUCACACCCAACAUCACGAACGUGAUGAACACCGUGACGGGGAACAUCAACGCGGGACUCAUCCCAGAAGCCGUGCUCGGAAAGCACAACCGCACGACCUUCCUCUUAUCGCGGAACAUGACUCUCGCCCAGGCGGAGGCCUUCUUCGCUGGACAGAAUGUCUACGAUUAUUUCGUCAACGGCAGUGACACCUUCAAGGCGCCUGUUGUGCAGUAUGCGCUGAACAGAGACGGGUACAUGGGAUACCAUGGCGUGCCACAGAUCCCCAUCUACGCGUACAAGGCCAUCCAUGAUGAGGUCAGUCCUGUCGGCGAUACGGAUGCCUUGUUGGAAAGGUACUGUGGCGUCGGCGUAAAUAUCCUCUAUGAGCGCAAUGCUAUCGGUGGCCAUUCUGCGGAGGGUAUCAAUGGCCAUGCGAGGGCGCUGCAGUUCGUUGCCGCCGUCUUGGAUGGGUCCUAUGCUAGUGCGUACCAGACGAUGGGAUGCACGUUCAGGGAUGUUGCAGUGAACAUCACUGAUUCGGCGCUUUAA